CUUGAAUUAUAUCACAUUCAACGGCCCCAAGUUGACGGAAAACUCCAGUUGUGCUUCAAGAUGCCCUGGCCGCCGCUCCAAGAACGUCUGCUCAGCCUCCUUGAACCGGGCUAUUUGCUAUAUGCCAGCGCUGUUUCCUUCAUCACCACUGCUCUCCAGUUCUAUAUCCUCCAAUUCAACCUCCCUUCCAAGUCCAACUUCAAGAAAGUCCGGGACGAUGCUUUCUCAAAGUUCUGGACCAAAGCCACUGGUAAGUUGGCCUCCCAGCCAUCACCUUCUUCUGGGAAUGAGAAACAAGGGGAAACAAGGUCAUGGUAUUUAUGCAGUCUCCAGCGCCUGUCGACCCGGCCCCUCCUCCGAAGGGCUCCGCGACAUUAGUUCCGCCCUUACUAUCCCGCACUCACGGGGUUGUUCUGGAUAUCGGGCCCGGAUCAGGGUCUUACGUGUCGUUGUUCUCCGAUAACCCCAAUAUUAGCGCCGUAUAUGGGGCGGAGCCGACGCCUGGUCUUCACGCCCCAUUGCAGCUUCGGAUCAAUGAAGCCAAACUCACUGGCAAAUAUCAUAUCCUCAGCAGCACCGCCGACAAGGCCGAGUUGUUGGCCGCUCUGGCACAGAAAGGCGUCAAGCCCUCCCCCAAUGGCAUCUUCGACACCAUCGUAUGCGUCCGGGUGCUUUGCUCGGUUCCUGACCUGGAACAAACCGCCAAGGAAUUGUAUUCCCUCUUGCGACCCGGGGGAGAAUUGAUGAUUGUUGAGCAUUUCCGGAACCCGUGGACGAAGAAUGGCAGCAUUCUGGGCCGCUUGAUGCAACUCCUCUACCACCUGCUCGGCUGGCAGUUCUUCCUCGCUGGCUGCAACAUGGAUCGCGAUACGCCAAACGUGUUGAGGAAAGCGGCCCCUUGGGAAGCCGUCGACUUGAAGACAAAUUUCGAAUGGAGUGCCCUGCCAUAUGUCGCAGGCACGUUGACAAAGAAGCGCUAGUCAGGCAGCCAGAAAAACUCUGGAUCAGUGGAUGAGUACAGGCGCGGAGUUUGAAACCGAAGCCUGAGUCCCAUCAACUGGGUUUCUCAGCGUGGUAUUGAAAAUGGUGUGCAUGCGUGCUGUCUCUUUUGUCUGCAGGUGGUCGGUGUGGCUCCCGUCCGUUCAAAGCUCCUCGCUCAAGAGCGGCGAUCAAACAUGCGAUGCGAUGUGUUGUUGCUGCGCAUGAGGCCUGCAUUUGCGGCCGCUGUCCAUCAAAGCUGUGCGUUCCAGGAUGUGAUGUGUGUGCAUGUACGUAUUUGUCACCUGCUUGUCUCUUUUGCGUCUUUCUUUCAACAAGCCGAGCUGCGUAUCGAAUCAAAUACUUGUUGUCAACUCGACGAUUUCCUGAAAA